UACUUCUCGUCACCAGCUUCUAUAUUGUUUCAUUGCUCCAAAGAGCACAUCUUCGACGAGGCCGAAGUACAGUGCCGCUGGCCGCGUUGUGAUGCUACUGUACGUGCAAAAUGGUCCAUGGUAACGCAUCUACAGGACCAUCACUGUAGCGAACCCGCACUGAUAGCUGCUGCCCAAAAACGCAGAGAAGGUCAGAGUUUGCCGCUGGAACCAGUAAAUCCGGAGAGAUCACGUGAAAUGGUCCCCCAUCCCGGAUAUUCCAAAAAUGCAGCUAUUGAAGCUAUUCGGCGGCAUGCUUUUAAUUAUCUCCCUCGUGAUAUUACGGAUGAUCCUGAAGGACCAGUGACUAAAAGUAUUCGGUUAACCAGCUGUCUCAUUCUUCGAAAUUUGGCGCGGUAUUCCGGUGAUGGAAGACGACUUCUUCGCCGGCAUGAGCGUCUGCUUAGUUGGUUAUCAUUGUCGCGUCUGGAAAGCAGUUCAGCAUUAGCACAACUCCUUGCUGAAUUGUAUUGUCAGCCACCUUCAGCUUCACCUUUAUGA